CCAUGGCAGUCAUAGCGUUAACGUCGCUCACCACCACAGUCUCCACCUUUUAUGUUAAUGCAAGUGUGAGUGACUCGUGGUACAUAGAGCGAUCAGUGGAUGGUAGGGGGGAGUGUCCCUAUACAUAGGCUAUUGCUCUGCAGCGCUGCUGGAGGUGCGGGCUGCUCUGUCUGUCUACUGUUUAUGUAUUCCAGUAAAAAAAAAAGAGGCUCGUUUUGGGAUGUGAAGGUCUAACCAUGCCACCGACGCUGCCGUAAGCCUGCACAACGACAUGUUCUGAUUAAUCGAUCGGCUACCGGCGAUAGGCAGGAAUACAGCCAUGGGUGGGCAGUUAACGCGAAAUGCCCUGUACGACUCGCUCGGGGGACCCUUCCCGUCCACCUCCCACCGCUGUCACCACAAGCCCAAGCACUGCCUGCCCAUCCAGUGUGGCGGGGGUCUGGCCGGGGCCAUGGUCACCAGCCCGCUCCUCUUCCACCCCAGUGCCAAGGGCUCCCAGAUCGUCAUGGACCCCGGCCAGAGGAUGGUGAAGAGGCAGGCCAGCUUCUGCAACGCCAUCACCUUCACCAACCGGCCCGUCUCCACGUACGAGCAAGUCCGCCUCAAGAUCACCAAGAAGCAGUGCUGCUGGAGCGGAGCCCUGCGCCUGGGCUUCACCUCCAACGACCCGUCGCGGAUCAACCCCGAGAACCUGCCCAAGUACGCCUGCCCCGACCUGGUGUCCCAGAGCGGCUUCUGGGCCAAGGCGCUGCCCGAGGAGUUUGCCAACGAGGGCAGCGUCGUGGCCUUCUGGGUGGACAAGAAGGGCCGCGUGUUCUACCGCCUCAACGACUCCAGCCCCAUGCUGUUCUUCAGCGGCGUGAGGACCGCCCAGCCACUCUGGGCGCUGGUCGACGUGUACGGCCUCACGCGCGGCUUGCAGCUGCUAGGUAAGAUGCUGGCUGGAAGAGGAUGUGCUACAACUUGUGCAGCGUCUUAUCCUAGCUAUCUUUGUCGGAUACGGGGAAUGGAUUAACCUAGCGAUUGUAAAUGCUUGGAACUUGUUGCUAUCAAUAUCUUUACUGUAACGACAGCGAUAUGUUGUUGUUUCUCUUUCUUCUGACGAAUGUUCAUAUUGUAAGGCACUUUGGAUAAAAGCAUCUGCCAAAUGCCCUCUUUUGAUGUCGGAUCGGGGCUACGGAUGAUGACGUUGUUUCAUCGAGAAUCAGGGAUUGCUUGAUCAAUCAGCUUUUUCAAAAGGUUUUGGGUGAGUUUUAGAUUUGCGAUUGAGAAGAAUGUGUGAAUGUGUUUGAAUGGUUGUCGUACAGUAUUUGGAUUUGGGUAGUUAUGACAGUUAGACAUUACCAAUUAGCAAGAGCAAUACCAUCAAACCUGUUUCACUGGCAUCAGUUGUGUUACUGGUUUGAGUGUAAACACUGCCUUGCAUCUCCUCUUUCCCUGCAGGCACUCUAUUAAACUAUGCCUUUAACUGCUCAAAUACCAUGUGUUCAUCUGGUUUUACUUAAAAAUGUGACAUAUAUAUAUUGCAGUGCUCUCCAGCCAUACUAUCUAAACCGUACUAAGUGUGAAUGCACUUGGCUCCCUGAGUUUAGCUUCUUAUAAACAGCUUCCCUACAAGCAGGUCGCCCAUAAAACCAUACGUUAAAAGUAACACCUUUGAGUUAUCGAAAUCCAAUAGUUAAAGGAGCGGUUGCUAUCUUUACACAUCCUAUAUUUGCCGCCCCCUACGUUUGAGCACGUGACAAGGACAUGACAGCCAAAACAAGCCAGGCUAUCCGAAAUAGGCACGUUAGCUUAGCAUACGUAUCCACAUGGCUCCCCACUGGGCAUAGCAUGGGGAUAGCAUAGCCAGAUGCACGCUAGGGUUAGGGAUGGAAUGCGUUGUACGUACUUAGAUUUGUAUCGCUAUUCCUUAGAGGUGCAUGGCUAUCCCACCCUCCUUCCCCUGAGCAGAAUGAGCUUGUGGGGGAGGGGGAGGUAACACCCUCAAUCCUAAUUAUGCGCAGUGUUGAUGGACAGAGGAUCUCUCGGCUCGCACGAAGGGGGAUGCUAGGUGUGGGUGUGUGUGUGUGUAAGUGAGUGAGUGAGUGAGUGAGUGAGUGAGUGAGUGAGUGAGUGAGUGAGUGAGUGAGUGAGUGAGUGAGUGAGUGAGUGAGUGAGUGAGUGAGUGAGUGAGUGAGUGAGUGAGUGAAUGAGUGUGUGUGUGUGUGUGUGUGUGUGUGUGUGUGUGUGUGUGUGUGUGUGUGUGUGUGUGUGUGUGUGUGUGUGUGUGUGUGUGUGUGUGUGUGUGUGUGUGUGUGCGUGCGUGCGUGCGUGCGUGCGUGCGUGCGUGCGUUAUCAGCUGCACGCUUCGACCGAAAAUGGAUUCCUGUGACAACCGCCACUAAAUAUAUAUUGACGGGCGCCUCCGAAACCACAAUGCCAAACUACAUAAGACACAAAUAAAUCCAUUAUACGUCGCCGAAACUAUUCAAAGAAAAAGGAAAAACUCCUCGCCAGCAAAAAAUAAGAAAACGGUUGUAAAACAACUUGAAAAGCAAUAACACUUAGAAGAAUACAGUGAAUUUGUCCCAGAGUCGGUGCUCCAUCAAGUCGAAACAACUCGGACCGCUGCUUCCCAUCCAUUUGGAUGUAUGGGUAGUUUCCAGGCAGGCUAUAUUAAGGACUGCCUACAAGUCCAACCUAGUGACUGCGUGGGGGGGGCGCUACCUGACAUCUGCCUACACCAACAGGACCCCAACAGUGUUGGAACAGUGUGGAAGCAGAGGCCUGUGAGUGAGGGGGCCGGGGCACUUGAGAAAGGCUUAGGUAGGAAUACACUUGGUAGGGCAAGAAUAGGUCAUGUGUGAUCUACGCCGGUACUCAGUGAAGCUUUUGUUUAUUCUUAGAAUACAGCUUCAGGUGCUUUAUUCAUGGUUUCUGGUUUGUUUUUGUGGUAUUUGAAGACUUGCUUUUAACGACACUGUCCCUCCAGCAUUGCGGGGACGAAGCAAAAGAACAAAUUGUCCGUGAAUUUAGAAUAUUGUAUAUGUGAAUGUGCACACUCAUCGCUCAGUGUUUGGCAGUCGCAAUUUAAAAAAAGACUACAAUUACAAAAUGUUCCGAAAAACAUCACAAGAGUGGUGUGUGAUUUGAGUGGGAAGAAGAUACGGACAGAGACACACACAUGUGUUUGUGAUGGACUGUGUCUGAUUACGAACGAAGGGGAAUACAAUAUAGGCCGGGUAUAAUCCUGGUGGGAGAGCUGUAUCCCUCUCGCUCGUUGGCGCCAAAAGGCCAGAAAAGCUGACUUUGAUCUGUCAUGGUUCUGAAGGCUGCUUCUGAAUCUCUCUCUCUCUCUCUCUCUCUCUCUCUCUCUCUCUCUCUCUCUCUCUCUCUCUCUCUCUCUCUCUCUCUCUCUCUCUCUCUCUCUCUCUCUCUCUCUCUCUCUCUCUCUCUCUCUCUCUCUCUCUCUCUCUCUCUCUCUCUCUCUCUCUCUCUCUCUCCAUCGUCCUCCCAUACACACAGCAUACACACACACGCACACACACAUAUAUCCCUUAACACAAACACAUGCAAUCACCCCUUAACAUACACAUAUACAUACACUAACAAACACAGAGACACACACACAACCCUUAACACAGACACACACGCACACACCCCUAAACACAGCUUACACAAACAAACACACACACGCACCCUUUAACCCACAAACACAUGCACACACAUGGACACAACCCUACACACAGCAUACACAAACAAACACACCCACACACAUCCCUUAACACAAACACACUUGCACACACCCCUACACACUCACCAUACACAAACAAACACACACACACCCCUAAACACAGUAUGCACAAACAAACACACACACCCCUUAACACAAUCACACAUGCACACAACCCUACACACAGCAGACACAAACAAACAAACACACACACACAGACACACACCCCUUACCACACUCACACAUGCACACACAGCACACACAUGCAGACACCCCUACACACAAUGGGGUCAUACAAGACACAGGCAAGACAGUCAUUCCAGCUGUUUAGCGAAUCCAGCUGUGGUCAGAAGAGGCCCAUGGGUGGAACUCUAGGCGUACCAGAGACAGAGAGAGAGCUCUCCCAGCAGGCCAUCGCUCCAGGAGCCACUAAAACACACCAGUCAGCCAGCAAAGGGCCUGCAACCAAAACCAGGAAACAACCCAGGCCCAAACCCCAAUGAAGCCCCACGCUCUGUUGAAUUUGAGCAAUACCAGCACUGAUGUCAACUGAUCUUCCUCGAAUAACCUCUGCUCACAAGCGGGAGGAGGAGGAGGAGGAGGAGGACUAGGAGAAGGAGGAAGAGAUGGAGGAGGAGGAAGAGGAGAGGGA